AAAUUUGCCCAGACCAAUUUUAUUUAUUGUGGAAACACAGAUUUACUUUGUUUCUUUUUAGAUUUAACAUUAUGUCUUAGAUAUAUUUAUCUCUUUUAAACGGUCUUUUCUAAGUCGUCUCCGACUUCAAAUCCACCAAGGAGAAUUCUAUAAAAUAAAAAUUAAAAAUUAAAAAAAAACAAAAAAAAAAGAGUAGUCAAAAGUCUACUAAUGAUGAGUGUGAAUGGGAGCCCCUCUUAUAUAGCUCAAACGAGAGAGAGGAAGAGAGACACACAGAGAGGAAGAGGGGCUGCUGUACGUAGGUUUCAAGAAUGGCAGCUACUUCCAGUGCUAACAUCGAGAUUGAGAAAUUAAAUAAUUUUCUCGUAAUUGGGUAUAGGUUUUGCCCUCAGAUGUUGAACUAUUCAUUCAUUACUUGAAGAAUAAAGUUACAAACCAGAUGUUGCCCCUUAACCAGAUCCAUGAGCUCAACCUUUACGAUUAUAACCCUGAUGAACUGGCAGCGACAAGACAGCCUGCACUAGGGACGAAGAAAUGGUACUUCUUUACACCAAGGUAUCGGAGGUGUCAAAAUGGAAAGCGACCAAACCGAGCAGCCGGUGAUGGAUUCUGGAAGGCAAGUGCAGGUGACAAGGCAGUGACAUACCAGGAUCAUAUUCUUGGAUUUAAGAGGACAUUGGUUUUCUAUAAAGGAAAACCUCCCGGAGACAAGACCAAUUGGAUUAUGCAAGAAUUUACACUACCAGAUGUUACAAGAAACGAAACAAAUGACAUGAGGUUGGAUGAUUGUGUUUUGUGUAAGCUUUAUAAAAAGGAAGAAAGAGAUUGCUAUGUGAUGGACAUGCCUGCUGAACGUGUGUCUGGAUAUUUUGCUCCCGCACUUAUGUCCAGUCCUCCUGCCCAAGUUUAUCCCGCAGAAAACAAUUUGAUGUCCCGGCCAACUGAUCAAGUUCAUCCCACAGAUGGCAAUGAGAUGUCCGGGCCUUCUGACCAAGUUGAUAAUUUGAUGUCCUGUCGUCCUGAUCAAGUUCAUCCCACAGACAGCAAUUUGAUGUCCGGUCCUCCUGACCAAGUUCAUCCCACAGACAGCAAUUUGAUGUCCGGUCCUCCUGACCAAGUUCAUCCCAUAGACAGCAAUUUGAUGUCCGGUCCUCCUGAUCAAGUUAAUCCCAUAGAGAGUAAUUUGAUGUCCGGUCCUCCUGACCAAGUUCAUCCCACGGAGAACAAUUUGAUGUCCACACCUUCUGACCAAGUUCGUAAUUUAAUGUCCGCUCCUCCUGACCAAGUUCAUCCCACAGAGAGCAAUUUGAUAUCCAGUGCUCCCGCCCAAGUUCAUCCCACACAGAGCAAUUUGAUGUCCGGUCCUCCUGACCAAGUUCAUCCCACAGACAGCAAUUUGAUGUCUAGUGCUCCUCCUGACACUGUUAGUAGCCCAGAUAUCAAUUUUUUUAUGUCUUUUUGUAUUCCGGAAUUGAUGGGAGAGGACACUCUAAAUCCCGAUUCAGCUUUGCACCGUGAUUUCUCUGACCGCUCUAUGCCUUCUUUCUCAAACAUGGAUGAUUUAUCCAGCUCUAUGGCUUCUUUUUCAGACAUGGAUGAUGCAUCCAACUCUAUGGCUUCUUUUUCCGACAUGCAUAGAGCUUCUUUUUCAGACAUGGAUGAUAUUUCCGACAUGCGUAGAGCUUCUUUUUCAGACAUGGAUGAUGUAAAUGAGACUUUUUUUUCCCGAUGAUGACUUUUGGAUGUCCAAUUUCUGACAUCCAGUACGCCGGAUGUUAUGCUUCUAUUAAAUUGUGGUGAAUAUACAACUUCUUUAGUGAGUUUCAAAGGAUGAAUUGUUUCCUUAAUUUGGUGAGGAAAUGAGUUAUUUUGACAUUUCA